AUGAAGUACUUGCCACCAGAACUGCACUACGAAGUGUGUGAGUAUCUGUCGCUCGAAGACAUACGGAGAUACCGCCUGGUCAACAAAACCUUUUCCCAUGUUGGAGCAGCCAAGCUCUUCCGUCAGCUCACUUUUCACGCCAGCGACGAGAGCCUCAACCAAGUAUGCGCUGUUGCUGCUCACCCAGUGCUCCGGAAGCAAGUCAAAUCACUAAUAUGGGAUGCGAACUUGUGGGAUAUUGGCACUUAUGGAAGCAGUUUUGAAGAAUUCAGAAACUACACCUCUGACCAUUCUCGAUCUGGCCUCCAGGAGAUGGAGCACAAACUCGCAAGGCAGCUAAAUGUCUCCCGCGAUCAACUGGUACUGGAGCAUCAGUCUGAGGUAGAAUCGGAGGUCCAAAGGCAUUAUGGCCUCUACCAAGCGCGUAGAAUCGAUGAACAAAGAGUCUUACGCGAGCGUCUCACAGCCAUCUGUCUACGACCCAUACUUCGCCGCUUUCUCGGCAUGGAAAAGAUCAGUAUUCACAAUGGUGAUUACUAUAAGUGGUGUCCUAAGCGUUGGCCAGACUAUUAUUGGGGGGGUGAUCACGUCCUUCCUGAAACUAAAGCAACAGAGCUCCUAGCUAGGGGAGAAGGCGCCUGGCAAGAUAAUCUGGGAAGCGGACUGCCUGUUUGGCACCCUUUUGAGCAUAGCAUUAUCGCUGUAGGACACCAACUCAAGGAGCUCGUUGUCGACCACCUUUCCUGGAAGACGUUUCAAUCCGAGUUUCGAGUCAGUAUGUUGGCAAGACACUGCCCAGGUCUUGUGAGUCUGAAGCUCGCCGUGGCGGUUGAAGCUGGUUAUGGAACGAAAAUUGAGGUCAAUAACUCGGGACAAUGUCGGUCGAUCAUGAAGAACGGACAAUUGGCUGGAUUCAUUGCUGGGCUUAGCAAGCUUCAGGUUCUAGAGAUCCGAUUUCCCUACUAUGCUAGGACAUAUGUUGCGGCUGUCGAACUUUCCGACAUCAUCCCAGCAGACCAGACCGGCCUUCGGCGUCUUGUUCUCGAACGAUUCGAGACCUCGGAAGCCCACAUCAGUAAAUUGUUACGCAGCAACAGGAAGACACUCAAAGAUUUGAGCCUCCAGGAUAUUUAUCUGAACCCUCGAGGGUCAUGGACCAGAAUUUUCAAGAUGAUCCGAAAUCGAUUAUCCCUUACCUCAGCACAGUUCGACGGCGUUCUUUGCGACAGUGUGCGUCCAAACGUACCUCUUGACAGAUUUAAUCAUCGUGCAGGCGUUGAAGAUGGUUGGGAUUUCAUGUGGUACAGCGACGAGGGUGAAGAUGAGCGUUUGGGGUACGCCUUGUCAGACUACCUCGUGAAGGGCCCAGUUUGUCCCCUUACGUACGACAUGAAGAUUGCGGUUCAGAAGGGCCGCAAAGAGCUUGUUGCGGAGCCCUGA